AACAAAAAAAAAAAAAAGAACUUUCUAGUUCUACUAAAUCUAGGGAUCUCAUAUAAUCAUUACAAAAAGAUUAUAUAUUGGAAGGGUCAACCACUUUUUGCUUGACAUAUGUUUACGGUAACCCGGAGAGAAAGCCAAGACAACAACAAUGGCUUAUGAUGGAAACUUUGGUCAAAGCUGGUCUCUACCACAUCAAGCCAAGGAUGGUCAUAGGUGAUUUCAAUGAGAUCCAAGAUAACUCAGAAAAACUAGGAGGACCUGCAAAACCAGAAUGGGAGUUUGCCAAUUUCAGAAGGAUGAUGAGAGUUUCUGGUUUACAUGAAGUUAAGACCUAUGGUGGCCCUUAUACCUAGAUAGGUAACCGAAGCACUGGCACUGUUAAAUCCAAGUUGGAUAGAAUCGUUGCAACUGCAGACUGGAAGGAUAAAUUUUCUAAGGCAAUGGCUCAACUCUUGGAUUGGAUAGGUUCUGACCAUCGGCCUCUAUUACUUCAAACUGAGAAUAACAAAUGGAAAGGCAUGAGGCAAUUUAGGUAUGAUAACCGCUGGAGGUAUAAGCAAGAUGUUCAUAUGGCUCUGCAAAAUACGUGGGAUCAAGGUUGUAAACACUUGCCACCACAACAAUUCUAUGAAGCCUUGAAGCGUUGCAGGAACGAUCUAUCGCGCUGGAAAUCAGAACAGAAUCUUAAUUCUCACAAAUUGAUUCAACAACUCCAUCAUGCCAUUCAAAAAGCUAUUCAUUUGGAACCAGUCCUGCAACAUAUACAGCCCAAGGUCACAGAAGAAAUGAACCAACAUCUAACCAAGCCAGUCUCUGAGGAGGAAAUCUACAGGGCUUUAUCCCAUAUGAAUGUUGACAAGGCCCCAGGUCCUGACGGGUUAAAUGCAGGAUUCUACAAAUAUCAUUGGAAUACAGUCAAAGCAGGUGUGAUUAAUUUUAUUAAAUGUUUUUUCCAGUCUGGUUAUCUGGAUCCUGCUUUGAAUCAUACUUAUAUAUGCCUAGUGCCUGUUGGUGUCGGAUCCCGCACCAGAGGUCCGGGACCAACCAAAGAUUGCCACAUAGUCAGGAUAACGGCCCAUAAAGGAUAA